UCAUUUUCAUCUUUGAUUUAAUUGGCAUUACACAUCAGUGAAAAUGACAUGACGUUAAACAUAAAUUUUAAUAAUUUAAUUAAUACAUAUUUAAUCAUUGUCAAGAAGUGACAUUUAUUCAGUAUGACUUAACAUCACAUGAAAAUGACAGUGCCAGACUCAAAAUUAUUUAGUUAAUUAAUAAAAUAUGGAAUCUACACAGAAUAGAACAGAAUGUGACUGUAAAUGCACGUUUAAAAAUGAGUGUAACCCACAAAGUUUAACAUGUCGUAUCAGAAAUGGGCGAUUUUAUUUAUUGUCUGCAGCCUUUGUAAUUUUCGCGGUAUCCUAUAUAUAUUGUUACUUCGCCCGUACACAAUUCAUUCGGGGUGCCGUUGUGGCUAGUGUGCCCGAAUGCGCCGAAAUUGGAGGGAAUAUCAUAGAAGAGGGUGGAUCGGCGGUGGACGCCGCGAUAGCGGCCGCAUUCUGCAAUGGUGUCGUCAUGCAGGGCAACAACGGAUUGGGAGGAGGUUUAUCUAUGAUGAUACACACUCAAAAAGAAGGAGAUGCCAAAUUUUUGGAAGCGAGGGAAACUGCCCCCUGGAAAUCUAGAAGAAAUAUGCUGACUAAAGGAGAAAUAAUCUCAGGACCUUUGGUGGUUGGUGUGCCAGGACAAUUGAGGGGUUUUGCAGAAGCUCAUAAACGGUAUGGCGUUCUGAAGUGGAAGGCCCUUAUUAAACCAACGAUUAAUCUUUGUGAAAAGGGCAUAAAUGUGUCCAAAGUCUUGGCUGAUGAUUUACAAAAGUACGACCUUGUUAUAAAGAAGAAUGAGGUACUGAGGAAUACCUUUAUUAACCCAGAGCACGGUAGCACGUACAAACAGGGCGAAAUUCUAAAACUUCCUUUGUAUGCCAAAACAUUGCGUGUAAUCUCUAAAGAAGGAGCUGAAGCUUUAUACACAGGAAGCUUGUCCAAGCAAUUUGUAAAAGAUAUUAACGGGCUUAUUGACUUGGAAGACAUGGCGUAUUAUCUUCCUAGAUGGGAGGAACCGUAUACUGGUACUCUUCUAAAUGGCGAGACCUUUUACAGUGCGGGACUACCACAAAGUGGUAUCUUGUUGACGUUCAUCUUCAACGUACUCCAAGGUUUUUUAACUAGAAAUCCAAAAUUGAUUAAAAAUUGGAUCAGAAUCGUUGAGACAUUCAAGUACGCUUAUGGUGCCCGUCCAUCUCUUGGCGACAAUCCUUACCUUGUUAAAAGGGUUGUAGACAAUUUAACUUCAUAUUCACACGCCAAAUACAUCAGACAACACAUCUACGAUAAUAUAACGUUUCAAAAUUACGAUCAUUACGCCUCCACCCAGUUAGAUAGCCUGGAGGAACCGUAUUCCGCAUACGUCUGUGUCAUUAAAUCAGGAGAUGCGGUUGUUCUUGCCAGCAAUCUCCACCACCCUUGGGGAGCUGGUUACGCAGCACCACACACUGGUAUCGUAUUGAACGCUCUGAUGUUAUCAUUUUCGAAAACGUGUUCUAGGAACCAGUACACGAUGCCAUAUUCAAAGGCGAAUUUAAUUGAACGAGGUAGACGUCCAUUGACUCCGAUGAGUCCUACUAUUGUUUUGGACUACAGACGGUCAAUGAAACUGGUAAUUGGAGCUGUCGGAGGCAAAAAAGUACUUUCUGUUAUCGCGCAAGUAUUGUUGAGGGCGUUGUGGUUUAAUAAUACUUUGCACGAGGCUGUGGAAGCUCCUAGGUUGCACCAUCAGGUUUUCCCCAUGACUUUGAUGGUAGAGGAAAACUUUACUUCAUAUGAUAAUAAGUUGUUGAAAGCAUUGAAAAAAGUUGGACAUGAAAUAGAUUUUGUUAGUUCGAAUAAUUUUGGUGGAGCCUUGGUGAUUAUAAAAACUACUAAGGGGAUUCAAGCUGUAUGCGACACUAGAAUACCUUGCAGCGUCUAUUAUGUUUACAGUUAGUAUAUUGUUGUAGUUCUGUUUUGAUUUUCCUUUCGUAAUAAAAACACUACUGGCAAU